GAAAAUGAUUGACUAUUGUCAAGAUUCUUUACAGACCCGGGUACAAACCCAGGAAACCCGGGGUCGGUUCGCCCUGCACUUCACCCAAGUACAGAGUGAAUGUCUGCUUCCAUUCCUCCACCUUCGCGCGGUCCUCCAUGAACAGCGGGAAUCCAGCCAUGUUGGCCUCCGGGAUGUCCCAAGGCUUGUCCGUGUUGAUGUCCAUGCGCACACUCGGCGCCACCGUAUCUGACUGCACUUCCUCCGACAAAGCCCAGUUCAUGAACAGCUUGGCCGCAGCAGGGUGUUUAGCCUUCGCCAAGAUGGCAGCACGUUGGCCCCACGCGAUGUACUCAGUGUUGUUGCCAACUGGAGCAUUGCCACCGAUAUCGGUGCCCAUGCCGAUCACCUUCUCUCCAGCAGCGACCAAUUCAGCAGCAACGUUCGAUCCACGGUGGAAAGCCACGCUCUGGUUAGCCAGUUUGGCCACCCAGUCCCAGCCGUACAGCUCAACGUAGCGGGUGUACAGAUACAGCACCGCAUCGUCGUCGUUGGGAUACGACGAGGCAAUUUUGCCAGCCCACUGCGAGUCCGUUAGGCUUUCCAUCGAGGUAGGAGCGGCGAGUCCGUUGAGACUACUUGAGUUGUAGCUUGUGUAGAACGAGUAGAUGGUGUACGCCAUCCAGGCACCGUCAUUGUCCCUCAACGACGGGUGGAUGUUGGAGAACCCGUUCGGUUUGUAUUGAAGGAGCUUUCCUUCGUCCGCCCAGCGAGUGAAGUCCUGCAGUGUUUGCAACGCUACGACGUCGGGCACGAGAGUGUCGGUCUCCAGCUGAUUGUCGAUACGCACAUCGUGGUACUUGCUGUAGUCGACGACUAGCGUGAAGUUGAUUUCUGGGAAACGUUGCUGAAAAGCUUCGUGCAGAGCAUCUUGUUGGGUCGGGGUGUCACCUCCGUGGUACAGGACAAGUUUGCCGCCUUCGGCAACAGCCUCGGCGUAGAGAUCAUCGAUGGACUUGGUCUCCUCUUGCACCUUGGCCAGAACGCCGAAGGAGAGCAGGGUAAACGUCGCAACAAGUGGAUGGAAAAGCUGCAUUGAUGGCUGAGGUGUUGUUGUGAAACUUGAGGCGGAAGAAGCAAAUUUGAGAAUGGUCAGAGUAGUGAAUGACCACCGCGCACAGCAAAACGUUAAAAGUGUUCCAGAGUGGUUUUACCCACCAUGCACGUCUUGUUUACCUGCACUACUAUAUUUCAGCAGGUUUGCUGACGGGACGCAGCAGAUAACUAAACAUUUCAGUAAUUCAACAAACCGAAUACAUAAUGUCGGAACGAAGACGAGGGGUUUUCCCAAUGUUCAAGCGGUCACAGCAGUGCAAGCAAAUCUGCACCUAUGGGAUAACGUGUACCAAGCAUGGCUGUUUACGUAGUUCGGGGCUUUUGUUUUUUAAAAAUGAAAAUGAGCACUUAAGGUCGAAGGUCCAAUGAGUAACACACAUGUAUUACUUGAACGUAAAGCUCGGAGCACGAAAUAUAGUAUCUCC